AUGUCGUUCUUCACCCCUCCCUUGGCCGUGUUGCUCUCCGGCGGAUCUGGAUUGCAGGUGUUCCUCAACCUGAUGCUCACGAUUCUCACCUUUGGCAUUGGAGGCGUGGUUCAUGCCUUGGUGUACAUCACAAGGUCGAAGACGAGCAUUUUCUCCUCAAACUCCAUGAUACGACCCGGCCUUACCAUCACCCAGACCACCUACAUUCCGGGACCUCCUCUGCCGAACGGGCAGCAAUUCACCGUGAUAAAGACUCCUACUGGAACCAAAGCAGUUCCACUGUCUACCCCGAAGCCGCCCCAUAAUAACGUGUCUGGACACACCAAUGCUCCGAGGACCGGGUUGCAGCAGUACAACUCGCAGCAAACCCGUCAAGCUCCAACCACCCUACCCCCAACUUUGGAACAUGUACCAAGAGAUUCGAGGCGUCUCGCCUCAGCUCCGCAUUAA